AUGAACAGUAUAAUGCUACGUAGUCAGUAUCUCGUUUGGUCUGCACUCCAGCAAACUGUCGUUCUGCAAGUAGAAGAAGCAGGAGAAAUAGAAGGAGGAGGAGGAGGAGUUUUCACCGUGGCAGUCCUUGUGGCUUUUGCAUGGGCCGAGCCUCCACCCUCCUACCACCCUCCACCCUCCUACAACCCUCCACCUUCCUACAACCAUCCACCUUCCUACAAGGCUCCCGCCCCAAGUGGUCAUCCUAAGUACGACUUCAACUAUGCUGUGAAGGACGACCCUUCAGGUAACGACUUUGGACAUCAAGAAUCCCGUGACGGCUACAAUACUCAAGGGAACUACUACGUGUUGCUUCCUGAUGGUCGUCUGCAGAGAGUUUCAUACACUGUGAACGGUGACGCAGGCUACGUGGCUCAAGUGGAAUAUGAGGGUAAAGCCCAGUACCCAGCCUACCAACCCAGCUACAAGCCUGCCCCCGGCUAUGCUUAA